CAGGCCUCCUGUUGCUGUCCCCUGGUGUCCUGGCUCCCUGCACCCAUCUCUGUCCACUCCUCGCCGAGUGGAACUCUUCCGCCGCGUGCGCCUUUUUCUUCCGCACACCAUCAUGCUGACCCUGGUGGCGCUGGCCUCGCUCGUCGUCCUGGGAAUAGUGCCCGAAAAGUCUGAGGCCAUCGUGAUCUACACGGGCUGGGAGCGCCACGCCCUGGUGGGCUCGGACGUGCGGCUCUCCUGCUCCUUCUUUUCCUGGCGCUGGACCUCGGAGGACGUCACCUUCUCCUGGACGUACAGGCCUGACGGCUCGCGGGACAGCAUCUCUGUGUUCCACUACACUGGGGGUGUGGCCUACGUGGAUAACAAAGGCCCCUUCAGGGACCGCCUGGAAUUCGUGGGCGACCCCGGCCGCCGCGAUGGCUCCAUCCUGCUGAAGAACUUGGACUUCGCCGACAAUGGAACCUUCACUUGUGACGCCAAGAACCCUCCUGACAUCGUGGGCCGACCCUCAAGCGUGCGCCUGCUGGUGUUCGAAAAGGUGCCCAUCCAGGCGGGCGUGAUCACGGGCUCCAUCAUCGGGGCGGUGCUGGGCCUGCUGGUGCUCAUCGUGGUCAUCUACUACCUGAUGCGCUUCCUGGUGGCGCGCCGCGUCUUCAGCCUCAACGUCAGCAAACAUGGCAAGAAAAAGAAGGAGGGAUCACAGCAGAGACAGAUAAAGGUCUGACUCCUCCGUGACGCCUCCGCCUCUCUAGUCUGCUCCACGCCGCCCCUUCUCUUCCGCGUUCUGCCGCCAUUACUCGCCAUUAUCUCUCCUCCUUUAAAGCAGGCUGUAAGAGGCAUAGUCCCGCUCUGUCGGUGGCAGCAGUGUCAAAUAAUUCCCCGUCGCCUCACCGCCGCCGCCCCUUUAUGCACUCGUUGGGCAAAGUGUAAAAGUGUUUAAGGCCUAACUGCGCUCGUAACCUCCGCCAGAGGAGCCUUCUAGGCGUGCCUCAGGGUUUUCCCUCAAUCUUCCCCCCCCCCCUUUUUUUUUACGACUCAAUCUGGCGCACAUUGCGAGCCUGGACCGCACCUCCGCUAGAGAAAUACGACGCCGGCUCGCGGCCGACGGGAGAUGGCGGACGAUCGGAGCUGCCGGCCCAACGCAGCUAAUGGAGGUCGUUUUCGCCGGCUAUUUCGGGCCUUACUGUAACAGCUGCACAUUUCUUGGAGGAGAGUGAUCUUUAAGGGGGGGGGGGAGUGGGGGCCGGCGACUGACGAGCGGGGAUGACGUCAGAGGCCUGAGGGCAGGCGGCGGACGCCCUCUGGGAUUUUACAGUAACGAAGGCGCCCUCUUCAUUUCCUGAAGGUCCACUUUGUGUCUUCACCUUUUAUCUCUUCCACUUCCUGUCGUCUGGCCGCAUUAUUAGCCCACAGAAAAAGUCCGCUACACAAUCCACUCUGCUCGUUAAGCCGCUCCUUAUCUGACCUCACAGCCCGGCCCCCCUCCCCUUCGUUGUCCUUCAAAACGCCCCCCCUCACAAAGCGCCAUUUCAACCUCGCCUUCCUUUGACCUUUCUGUUUCCGUUGCCUCAAAUGCCAAAGCGCUCACCUCUGCCCGCUACUGGAAAAAGCAAAAACACACCAGGGCGGGAAGCCUUUGACGAGCUGUUCCUCCUGACUGACCAAUGGCGGAAUGUCAGGAAUCAUUGUUGAGUUCCGGAAGAAAAACCAAUGCAGAACAAGCGUGGAAUGUCAUUUUUGUCGAGUAGAAACACAAACUAGCUUCAUUCCUUUUCGUUAUCGUCGUCGUCCGCGAUAUUUUCUUUUAAAAUGGUAAAUGGGUUAUACCGUAUUUUCCGCACUAUAAGGCGCACCGGAUUAUAAGGCGCACCUUCAGUGAAUGGCCUAUUUUAAAACGUUGUUCAUAUAUAAGGCGCACCGCAUUAUAAGGCGCAUAGAAUAGACGCUACAGUAGAGUCUGGGGUUACGUUAUGCAUCCCAUAGUUGCGAGACCUGUUGUGGCUCAAUAUUGGUCCAUAUAUAAGGCGCACCGGAUUAUAAGGCGCACCUUCAAUGAAUGGCCUAUUUUAAAACGUUGUUCAUAUAUAAGGCGCACCGCAUUAUAAGGCGCAUAGACUAGACGCUACAGUAGAGGCUGGGGUUACGUUAUGCAUCCCAUAGUUGCGAGACCUGUUGUGGCUCAAUAUUGGUCCAUAUAUAAGGCGCACCGGAUUAUAAGGCGCACUGUCAGCUUUUGAGAAAAUUGGAGGUUUUUAGGUGCGCCUUAUAGUGCAGAAAAUACGGUACUUGUAUAGCGCUUUUCUACCUUCAAGGUACUCAAAGCGCUUUGACACUAUUUCCACAUUCACCCAUUCACACACUGAUGGCGGGAGCUGCCAUGCAAGGCGCUAACCGCGACCCGUCAUUGCUCAAGAACACAACGGACGUGACUGGGUUGGUAGAAGCUGGGGAAUCGAACCAGGAACCCUCAGGUUGCUGGCACGGCCGCUCUCCCAACCGCGCCACGCCGUCCCCAAACGAGACUUUUUUCUUACCGAGGAUGACCUGCGUCGGAACCCUUCCCAAACGUGGACGAUUGAGAACCGAACUGUGCUUUUUUGGUGGAAACUUUGGUCAAGCUAAGCUUAAUGUAAAAUAACAAAGCGACAAAACAAAAGUAGCUGACCCGAGUAAAGAUUUUUAAAAAACUAGUUGGAGGGUGGAGGUGGGACUAAGAUCGGACUCACGGCAGGCAAAUCCACAUUCGUCUGCACACUUCCCCCCCCCAACGUUCACCACGAGCCAUAGACGGAUGGCGAUCGGGUUGGACGGCCGAGACUUGAAUGUUCCUUUCCAGUUCCUAGCAGGAGGCGCUACGAGACGUCGUAACUGGAGAUGUUUCUUUGACUCUUCAGCCGGCCCUCGUUUUUCAUGGACACUUGCUUCUAGAACGCUCCAUGCUUGGCUUACCGAGCGUAGUCCAGAACCUCAUCAUUCAUUUGGUCCUACGAACUGUCGCACCACCCUGAUAGGACUUUCUAGAGCAGGGGUAUUCAUAUUUUUUUUGUGAGGUCCACGUUUCUAUAAAGCUAAGGACCGGGGGCCUCAAGUUUUUUUAACUGAAUUUGCGGGCCGCCAGUUGAAUAGCCUAAAUGAUGAAAAAGAGAGGACCUAAAACGUAACUUUGAGGAACACCACGAGUAUAACUAAAGUUCAACAGACAACUACUGACUGCAUCUAAACACCUUAGUUACGGAAAAAAUGUGCACCAACCAAAAAUGAGAGGACGUUAAAGGGUGCCCUGAAGAAUGUAAAUCACAAGUUUGGACCCCAGUGUUCUAUGUUUGCUAGCAAAGUUAAAAUGUCAAUACAAGGAUCUGCCAAUGUGUUCAUAGUGGUCCAAGUUCCUCUAUACAACACGAGUACUCUAGUGUUUUUAGGAAUUUACUGCAAAAAGGUUUGUCUUCCAAGUUUUGAACUGAACUAAUACAUUCCCGGGUCGCCAGUUGAAUAGCCCUGUUCUAGAUCCAUCAGUACAGUAUGAAUUAUUCCCAAUAUACAUGAACAUAUGUAAUUGCGUCCAUGGAAACUGGACUUGUCCUGUAUUUUAGCUUUAGCCCUCUAGCUAACAAAUGAGAAUGUUCACGCUAAUUCCAUUAAAACUUGUUUUCUUUGAAUGUUUUAUGAGCUGUAUUAAAUAGCAAUAGUAACAUUGACCCUCAUUUGAAAUUUGACUGGAGCUUCUUUUAUGAUUAUUAUUAUUUUGACAUUUGUUUUAAUGCUUGUCGUCAUUCUUAAUGGAUGUGUAAUAUUAUUGUAAAAAGAACGUGAAUAAACAUUUAAGUCUUGAGACACACAA